AUGAGGGUUCAUAGUGGUGAGAAGGUGGAAAAACCCUAUAAGUGUGAAUGUUGUCCAAAGACAUUUACUGAUUCUUCAAGUUUAAAGAAGCAAAUGAGAGUCCUUAAAGAAGAGAAGGUGGAAAAACCUCAUAAGUGUCGAUGUUGUCCGAAGGCAUAUACUGAUUCUUCAAGUUUAAAGAAACAUAUGCGAGUCCAUACAGCUGGAAAGGUGGAAAAACCCCAUAAGUGUGAAUGUUGUCCAAAGGCAUUUAGUGAUUCUUCAAGUUUAAAGAAACAUAUGCGGGUCCAUACUGGUGAACAGGUGGAAAAACCCUACCAGUGCGAAUGUUGUUCUAGGAAAUUUGUUCACCUUUCGAUGCUCAAAAUACAUGGAAGAUCCCAUACCGGUGAAAAGCCCUAUUCGUGUGAGCUUUGUUCGAAGGCAUUCGCUCAAUCUUAUCAUUUAAAGAGACACAUGGGAGUCCACUCGGGUGAAAAUGUGGAAAAGCCCUAUAAGUGUGAAUAUUGUCCCAAGGCAUUCACUGAAGUUUCAAAUUUAAGGAGACAUCUAGUAGUCCACACUGGGGAAAAGCCCUACUCGUGUGACUUAUGUUCAAAGACAUUUGCUGAUUCUUCAAAUUUAAGAAAACAUAUGAGAGUUCAUACAGCUGAACAGAGCUCAAAAUGCAUGAAAGGAUCCACAGUGGGGAAAAGCCGUAUUCGUGUGAAUACUGUAUGA